AUGGAGGCAAUUGGACUAGGUGCGGGCAUCUUGCCUAUGUUCAAGCUUUGCCUUGACUACCUUCAACUGUACAAAACAGCUCAAGCCUCCACAAUUGACAGUCAAAUUCUCUUGUACAAACUCGAUUGCGAACACGAGAGUUUCAACAUCUGGGGAGAAAAGCAUGGUGUGUUCGAGGCGGAGGGAAGCGAAGGAAGGAAUCCUGAGCUGGAUCAUGCUGACAGGGCGCCCAAAGUCACCAAGGCCUUGGAGCUCAUCCAUGGAUUAUUAAGCGAUGCUGAAGUCCUACGAGAGCGAUACGGUGUCGGUAUCUCGACCGGUACGAGCCCUUCCGAUUUGGCCCAAGAACCCUACCCUAGUAACUCGGGACUGAAGAGACUGAAAUGGCUCAGGAAACGAUCGGGAGAUGAGCAGAGUCUUGAUAUUAUGCAGAAGGCGCGAUGGGCAAUCAACGACAAGAUCAAGUUCCAAGACUUGAUCACCCAUCUACACGAUCUGGUAGACAGCCUCUACAAGAUUCUCCCUGUUCCUCCCCGAGAUCUGAAUGCUGCGGCUAUCCGAGAUAUCAGAUCUCUUGCAGGAAAUAUGGCCAAGCUGGAAUUGUUUGAGAAAGCUAGCCAGGAUUGCUAUCCAGCCUGGUCUGGAGCAGCCAGCGUGAUGCGUGAGGCAGCGUCGACGAGGGCACCAGAUGCAAUCAGCCAAUGGGUGGCUGAGCUGGAAGAUGAAAGUGGAAUUGAUGGUGAACUCAAUCGAAGCGUAAUGGAUAAGCCAAAAACAGGAAAAGAUUUCGAGAGUGCCAUGGCGCAAGCAUUCAAAUCCAAUUACUACUACGGCUGGGGUUCCCCGUUUUUUGUCUUUACUCAGGACUGUCCAUCGUCCUCUUCAUUGUCUUGUGGUCUUGAGAGGCUUGAAAUCCAUCGCGACGGACCAAGCUUUGUCUUUGAAAAUGAUAAGGAGCGGGUAUGGGGGCUAGGCAACCGCAUCACUGAGGCCAUCAACCCAAGUAUUGACGGCGAUAAGAUUAAGGGUUUUGCGGACGCCAACUACGAUGUUCAGGAGGCGAUUUCAGGGGUCAUGACUGAUCUCAUCAAUAAGAUGUAUCCUGCAGCCCGCGUUUACAUUUGCUGUCCCCCAUGCCGUUGCGCCAUUCGAACCGCUUUGAUUAUCAGCCAGGGCCAGAACAAAGACAUCAUACACUAUAGGAUCAGAGUGGAUGAGAGGAUCCCAUGCUCCUGCUGCCCGAGUAAAGAGAAGCUCCAUCGCCUACGAAGCAUUCACAAAACUACAUGCGAGUGGGACAUGGGGCUUAUCGUUGAUGAGCCUUUUGGGGCCUAUAUUCGUUACAUAGAUCGAGUAUGGCUUGAGAAACGUAUUUAUACGCUUGAGACGGAGCUUUACGACAAGGAUAACCCGAGGGAAGACCGAGGCCAGAUAUCUGAGCUCCUCGAGAGCUUCUUUUCAAUAACAAGUAUUGAAAAGCAUUUGCUCCUUGCGGAAGCUAGCCAAUGUUCAUGGAUCUUACAGACGAAGCCUUUUCCUUGGUCACCAAGGGUAUGCAAGGCAAAUGAGAUAUUUCGCCUUUCGGUUUUGAAAUCUUCACCUUUGGAGUUCAAGACUGUCUACCUGGGCACUUUCACUUCGGCACCCAUGACUACGCCAACGAGGCAUUUAGCGCCACCUGGUAGCGACAAUGCAUUCGGAAGCAGCCUCAAAAUGCCUGGUCGUGUAGGGUCUAUACUAUCGAGGGACAGCGGCUUUAGUCCAAAGGAGCUACCAACCGAGACAACGGGUCUGCUUCGAAAAGGCUACAGCUCUGCACCUUAUCAAUCCGGUGACGAAACUGGAAAGAGUAGCGACGAAGAGAGCCGGAGCUCCAAGCGGAUUAAGACGCGACACUAG